AGAAAUUUUACUAUAACCGUAACGUGAUUUUUCUAAUAUUUAUUUAUGAACGUGCAUUCCACUCCUUUCCCCUCUUCCUCUAUUCCGUAUCGAGGGUUAUACGACGUGGAGUGCAAUAUGAUGAACAGAAUGAUAAGAGUAGUAGUAUUAUCCUUAUGUUGUGCGAGUAUUUUUGCUCACCAGCAACCUUAUCAAGCUCCUCCUCAGCCUGCUUAUCAACAACAAGUACCACAACAUGCUCAGGCAGCUGGUGUACCUCAAGCAGCUGGUAUACCUCAAGGCACACAUCAUGUUCAUCAAGGCCAGCAGGCUAAUUUACUCAGAGAUAAAGCUCAUGUUCAAGAUAGAGAACAUAUUAAAGAACAUUUGCAAGGUGUAGUGAAUCAGCCUGAUGUUAGCAAGAUGUCAGAAGAAGAGCUUCAAUUUCACUAUUUUAAAAUGCAUGAUAAUGAUGACAAUAACAAGCUCGAUGGUUGUGAAUUAAUCAAAUCUGUUCUUCAUUGGCAUGUUGAAGAAAGCAAUGCAAUGGGAGCCAAUGCCCCUGAGCAAGGAACAACAAAAAUUUUUCAAGAUAAUGAACUGGCUCUUAUGAUCGAUCCGAUCCUGGAUAUGGAUGACAAAAACAAGGAUGGUUUUAUUGACUAUCCAGAGUUUGUUAAUGCACAGAAAUCUAGAGGAUUUUAAAGACAAACUUGUGAUUUUUAUCAUGUUAAAAAAUUUUGAAUCUCAUCGAAUGCAUUUUUAUAUAUAUUUGACUUAGUUUUAUUCAGUAUUGUUUUUUAGAUUAUUUGUUUUGGUUUUUAGACAAAAAUGAACUACUUAUUUGCAUGUGAACAUUAUUUGACCAAUUACAGAUUUCUAUGAAAAUUUCAAUCAUGAUAUGGACAUUAUAGUUUUUAAUGUAUUUUCAAACAUUCCAUUCAAAAUGAAUUUCAUCAUUUUAAUAAACUAUCUAUUUUACAUGA